CUUCAUUGGGAGGUGGGAUUGUAAGGAUUGCUGACUUUGAAGGCAACAACCAGUCCAUUAAAACUACACAGCUUCAUGCUCUUGAACUUGAAUUCCAGUUUCUUUUUCUGAAGACAGAGAGAAGAUGCUUAAUGGGUUUUGUCUUUCAACAAUUUUGAGCACUCGUUUCUCAAAUUAAGAACCGCCAAGUUUGGAAUGGUAAGAUGGCCAGACAGGCCAAUACACUUUUCCUUGAAGAAUGGCUGAGGAUCAGUAGUGGUAGCAGCAGCAACACUUCUGCAGACCAAUCUUCUUCAACGUCUGCCCGUGCCAUCAUUCAAGCAUGGGCUGAGCUUAGAGACUGCCAUCAACACCAAUCAUUUGAGCCCCAUCAUUUUCAGUCUUUGAAAAUUCUUCUUGAUGCUCGCACAUCCCUUCAUGUCGCUGAACCCCAAGCGAAGCUUCUAGUUUCAAUUUUAUCCUCCACAAACCUCGUCAUUCCUCUUGAGGCAUAUCCUCUCCUUCUCCGGCUUCUUUAUAUCUGGGUCAGAAAGUCCUUUAGACCCUCUUCUGCACUCAUUGAUUCGGCUGUGGAGACACUGUCUCACCUUUUAGCUACUGAAUUGGUUUCUAAGAAGAGCCCUGAGUUUUUCUCAGAGGCUGUACUGCUACUGGGUGCCUUUUCUUCUGUGCCUUCUGUUUCAGAAUCCUCUAAAACAGUCUGCUUGGAGUUGCUCUGUAGGUUAUUGGAGGAUGAGUACAGACUGGUUAGUCCAUUUGGUGGGUUCAUUCCAGAUGUUCUUGCAGGUAUUGGGUAUGCUUUAUGUUCUUCUGUGAUUGUUUAUUAUGCUAGAACUUUGAAUGCAUUGCUGGGGAUCUGGGGAAGGGAAGAUGGACCGCCUGGUAGUGUUUCUCAUGGGCUCAUGAUUUUACAUUUGGUUGAAUGGGUAAUGUCUAGUUUCAUCAAGUCACGUUCACAAGAUAAAUUGCAAAUAUUUUCUAAAGAGACUUUAGACACUUCGAGGAAAGACCAUGUUCCAUUUGCUGUUGUCAUGGCUGCUGCUGGUGUUCUGAGAGCAUUGAAUAGAUCUGCACCAAGUCAACAGGGAUUGCAGAUCCUUUCCAGCCUAAGGAUUUCUGCUGAAAAUAGGAUUGAGUCAGUGGCACAAUAUUUUAUUUCUAAAAGUAGAGACUAUGAUAAUUCAGGUGAUGAUUAUGCAACCAGUAUUUUGCUUCAGUGCAUUUCAUUAGCUUUGGCUCGAAGUGGUUCAGUGUCUUCCCGGCCUCCUCUGCUUCUAUCCCUUGCUUCAGCAUUAUUAACUGAGAUAUUUCCUUUGCGGCAUCUACAUGCAAGGAUUCUUGAGUCAACACAUGGAAGUUCAGGGGGACUCGAGCCUGGCAAGAUUAAAGAACAUCUAAGCAGUGUCACUUUUAAGGAAGCGGGGGCAAUUAGCAGUGUUUUCUGCAGUCAAUACAUUUCAGCAGACGACGAGAACAAGAUGAUAGUGGAAAAUAUGAUAUGGCGAUUCUGCCAAGAACUCUACUCAGGGCAUCGGAAGGUGGCUUUCUUGCUACAUGGGAAAACAGAUGAGUUGCUUGAAGAUGUAGAGAAAAUUGCUGAGUCUGCUUUCCUUAUGGUCGUGGUGUUUGCAUUGGCUGUUACAAAGCAGAAACUGAAUUCAAAAUUCUCAACUGAAAGUCAGAUGGAGACAUCUGUCUUGAUACUAGUUUCAUUCUCCUGUUUAGAGUAUUUCCGGCGUAUGCGUUUGUCAGAAUAUAUGGAUACAAUACGAGGGGUUGUUGUGAGUGCACAGGAGAAUGAGACUGCGUGUGUCUCAUUUGUAGAGUCUAUGCCCACUUAUGUUGAUCUGACAAAUCCUCAAGAAUUCCAGCAGAAAGUGGACUACAUAUGGUUCAAGGAUGAAGUGCAGACCGCCCGCGUUUUGUUUUACCUGCGGGUUAUUCCGACUUGCAUUGAACGUUUGCCCGGAUCUGUUUUUAGCAGAGUUGUUGCCCCAACAAUGUUCUUAUAUAUGGGACAUCCAAAUGGAAAAGUAGCUCGAGCUUCGCAUUCUAUGUUUGCUGCAUUCAUAUCCUCGGGGAAGGACUCUAAUGAGAAUGAAAGAUCAUUACUGAAGGAGCAACUUGUUUUCUACUACAUGCAGAGAUCUUUAGCAGGAUUUCCUGGUAUCACUCCUUUUGAGGGUAUGGCUUCUGGAGUUGCAGCCUUGGUUCGAAAUCUUCCUGCUGGAAGUCCAGCAACAUUUUAUUGUAUCCACAGUCUCGUUGAAAAAGCAAGCAAGCUCUGCACUGAUAUUGCCACCCAAAAGCCUGAUAUGUGGAAAAAUUGGGAAGGGGAAUCAGAGCCUUGUAAGAAAAUCUUAGAAUUGCUUUUACGGCUUAUUUCCCUUGUUGAUAUACAAGUACUGCCAGACUUGAUGAAGUUGUUGGCGCAGCUAUUUGUUGAGUUACCAAAAGAAGGACAGAAUGUGGUUCUAAAUGAGUUAUAUGCACAGGUUGCUGAAUCUGAUGAUGUUACACGCAAGCCAACAUUAGUUUCAUGGCUGCAGUCAGUAUCGUACCUUUGUUCUCAAUCUACUAGUGGAAGUGCACCAUCAAAAGGCAUUGCGGGUGAAGGAAGUUCUGCUUCAUCUCUUAGAGACCCAUCAAACUGGAAUGGAAUAAACGCAAGAAUGUGAACUAUUGAGGCUCAUAAUGCUUCCUCUUAAAAGCUCGAGGAAAGAGUAGUCUUUGGAGUAGUUGAGAAGCUAACAGUGUAAGGUUCAUCUCGGAAGUGAAUUUCAAGUCUAUCCCAAGGCUAUAGCUAUGUUGCAGUUGGUGUCAUAAUUUGUGGCAUCACUUGAUUGGUUGCAGUGAGACAUCAGUUCGGGUAAAGGCAUGUGGACAGAAAAUGGUGGUGAAACAACUGAGCACCGAAUUGGUAGUGCUUGAGAGAUUUUGGAGGGUGUGUGCUGGCGUUAGAUGCUGAAUGCUGGAAUUUGUGCGUAUUCCACAUGGUUCUGGUCGUGGAAACUGUCCUUUGUUGCUGCUGGCCUUUUGAAUGUUGCAUUUGAUGUUUUGUUGUGUGAGCUCUUACAUGUCUUUGUUAGAUAAUUGAAGAGAGAGCGCAGGACAUGAGCAUGUGAGAAGUCUUAAUUACCUAGAGUUGGCUUGCAUACGGUGCAUCAUGCCUUUCCUCUAUCUGGGCCGUUGAAAAAUCUUGGGAGGCAUUUAAUAUAUGGCCAAGAGCACCAAUCUGAUAUAUGCUUUGUAUGCUAGGCAGGAAGAAUAUUAGUUUCACCUUUAUCUCUUUCUCAAUACAAAGUUCUGUGUUUUUUGCCAGGUUGUGUAAUGGAUGUAAUCAUAAAGAUCCAUUUCACUUGAUGAUCAUGAUCUAAAAAACAGUCUUGGCACAUCA